UAUUGGGGGAUCUAGGCGAUCGGUGUGGAUUAAUCGCCAGAGUCGUAACCCUAUGCCUGUGGCGGGGAGAAGCGAAAUGGAUUUGGGGGCUAGGAACACCACCCAGCAGUCGCCAAGGUUGAAGCAGGAGGCUCCUGCACAAACUGAAAUGGGGUCUGGAGCCAUUGGGUAUCCGAUGAUGAACCAGGCGAAGGGAUUGGGGAGAUCGCCAUCCCGACGGAGCAUCCCCCGGGGUUUUGCCAUCAAUCGUGCCACCAAAUUCAAGAUGGGAAGUGGCCGACAAAGGAAACUGGUGUAUAAAAAGGCCACAGCUGUCCGUAACCUGCCGGACGCAAUGGCGGGGGCCCUCCCCCAGGAAAAGCCCUCAUAUCGGAUGGGGUCGGAGCCAAAACUGAAUGGGGAUAAGUCAGCCCUGGUUCAUGAGAAAUCUCGGCUCCGCCGACUUAUUCUAGAAGAAGACCAUGAUGAUGACAUGGUGGACGUGGUGGUUCCAGCUAUGCAUGCAACGUGUCAACAACCCAUGCAAAGAACCCCCAUCAGCUGACCACGCGGCUAUUUCUGACCCUCCAGCGGAAAGAACCGAAAAAUUGAUUAAGAAGAGAGCUCGGCGGGCCAAAGCCCAGCCCCUGGGGAAAAAAAUUGAAGAGGUUGCUCCCCUAGGUGGGCCUCCUGUUGUUGAGGCCUAUGUACGCGCCCAACCCACUAAAUCUCGCGUGACUCGUAAGUUGAGAAAAGUUGCAGCCCAAAUGGCAGCCUCCUCCCCAACAAAUGCUGGUUCUCCGCGGGACGGGGUGGCAGUUGCACACCAUGCUAAGGAUGCUGUGGCGAUGGGCAGCUGAUAGACCGUUAAUUACACAUGUUUUUACCCCUACUCUGGAGCCGUUUGAGAUGGUAAUUCUCGUGUUUUAGGCUGAUUUCAGUGUUUUUUUGUGAUAUUUCAGGUCCUAGCAAGUGAAUGAAGGUUUAGGAGCGAGUUCGGGGUCGAUUGGACGAAGAUCGGGCGCGAGGCAAGUCAAAAAGGAGGCUACACGGGCACACCCACAACUCACACGGCCGUGCAAGUGACCACUUUGGCCGUGUGAGAUUGUGCGAGCCUUCACUCGGCUUGCCCUAACAUCCACACGGUCGUGUGAAGGAGUGGUUUGGCCGUGUGGAAUUAUGCGAGAGCAAACACGGGCAGGAUGGAAAUCCCACACGGCCGUGCGACCCUGGCAGUGUGGGAAGCCUGAAGAUCGAACUAAUUGAUAUGCCGCGUUUUGACUCACACGGGCAACUGGGUAUGCCACACGGCCGUGUGGCCCAGCCCGUGUGAGUCGGGAAAUCCUGGUUUUAACCCAAUUUUGGGCUGCAAGUGAGAGAAUCGGACUUUUUGAGCAAAAAUAGAGCCCUAGAGAGAGAAAGUACGAAGAACACAUCCUAGAAGCUAUCUUGGAGCUGGGUUUCAUCAAAUCAAGCUUGGAGAUCGUCAUAGGAGUGGAAAUCAUCAUCCCAGAGCAGAUUCUUCCCAUAAUUAUGAGUAUGACUGCUUUGUAUCUUGUUUUCCUCUCUCUCUCUAUGGAGUAGAACCCCUCUCUCACUUGGGGAUGAAGAACCCUAGUUCUAUGUGUUAGGGAUUGAUUGUAAUGACUUGGGAUGAUAUUACUGUUUGAUUUUAAUCGAAUGAUGCAUGUUUAUUGAGUCAAUUGAAGUCUGAUCAACUUUUCCUGAUUCCUGCUGCAAUCUGAGAUAGAUAGAAUCUGAUUAGGUUGCUAGAGUCUCAUCAUUCGGUAGUAGGAGAUUGGCUAUACGAGAGUUAGCCAGUUUACUGCUUUGUACUGGAAUCCAAUUCCAGUAGUGGAGUUCUGUUCUUAUUGCUUCAGCUUUCUAUCCCGGUGAAGACUAGUCGUCUGCCGGGUAGUCAGACGGAGAGGGCUUGGUCAGCUUAAGAGAUUCCAAGCUACUGUCGGAUCUUCCGCAGUCUAAUCAACAGUAAAUCAACCCAGGGAAAUACAAUUGAAACCUAACUAAGGAGCUAGGGUGACUCAUUCCCGAGUGACUCUUACCUGCUUGAGAAAACCGUACCAAUUCCUACUUUCUUUCUGCUUUUGCUUUCAAACAACAAUCUCUUACUUUAGUUGGCUAGAUAAUAGAUAAUCACUGAGUAA